GAGAAGGAGAAGGACCGCGACCGGGAGACGAGCUGGGACCGCAAGAAGGGGAAGCACCGCUCGAAGGAGAAGGAGCAUCCGAUGUAGCCGUGGACAUCUUGGACUCCGAUGAGGAGCAGCGUGAGGCUGGUCCCGACCGCGCACCACGUCUCCGCAGCUGCUUCGCCAAGGACGCUGCGGCGUGCGGUCUGCCCGUGGCGGAGGUGGCCGCCGCCCCUUUCUGCCCUGAGCGCAAGUCCGAAGAAGGAUCGCCGGCCAGGGCCGUCUUGGGGCAGCGCUCGGGCUCCCAGUCGGCGUGCGAGGGCACCACGACGCCGCUCGGGACCGAUGGAUCCCCAGGUGCUGUCAAGCCCCCGUGUCCGGCGCCCGAGCAGAGCCCCCCGCCUGGUGGGCCGCAGACCGCGCUUGCAACGGCGCUUGGCGAGCUGUGCAAGUCCGACGCACGGGGGGGUUCGCCGGCCUUAGUCCAAGGCGGCGGCAGCGCUUCAGCCCUCAGCCCCGAGGCCUCAGAGGCUGUCGCGGUGCCGAUCGCGGCCACCGCCACGCCGCCCAGCGCGCCUCUGCACGCCAAGCGCGAGGCGACUCCGGCUGCCGCAGCGCCGACCACGGCGCCCGCUUCGCCGCCCAGUGCACCUCUGCACGCCCAGCACGAGGCGACCGAGGUUGCCGCGCCGGCGACCACGGCGCCAGCCACGCCGCCCGGUGUGCUGCCUCACGCCCUGCACGUGGCGACCGAGGCUGCCGCAGAGUCAACCACGGCGCCCGCUACGCCGCCCACUGGGCCGCUGCACGCCCAACACGGCAAGGCGACCACGGCGCCAGCCACGCCGCCCAGUGUGCCGCUGCACGCCCAGCAUGAGGCGAUUGAGGCCACCACGGUGCCGACCAGGGCGCCCGCCACGCCGCUCACUGCGCCGCUGCACGCCCAGCACGAAGCGACUGAGGCCACCACAGUGCCGACCGCGGCGUCCGCCACGCCGCCCAGGGCGCCGCUACACGUCCAGAACGGGGCCAUUACGACAAGGCCGCCGCCCGACGAUUCCUCAGACGAUGAUUGGGGUACCUGGAAGAUGAAGGACACAGCGAAGCCGUCAGCGUUCCCCGCUGCCAAGGGAGCGUGCGCGGAUGCUUCACCACGAGCUUCUGGAGUUUCGAGUGCGAGCAGCAGCACCUCUGGCAGCACAUCCCCCAGCCAUUCCGCCAGCGCGUCCCCGUCCACAGUAGGGGGCAACAGCGAGCGAAUCAUUGUGCAGGUGAGGGCGCUGUCGAAGGAGGGGGCGAACACUACAGAGUUUCGGAUGCGGCCGACGAAAACCUUCGACAAGCUGAUGAAGGUGUGGUGCGAUGGGCAGAAGCUUGGCAGCCAGGCGGUGCGCUUCCAGCGUGCUGGAUCCGAGGUGCUCCCUGGGGACACCCCAGAGGCCUUCGGCUGGAAGAGCGGCCAGCGGGAUCCUUUGCUGAUCAGCGCGGUUCCCAGGGACGUGCACGAGGUAGCCGCAGCGCUCGCUGUGUGGCCUGCGCGCGCCGCAGCGGAGGCGUCGUCACUGCCGCUGCGCCGCCGGCAGGCGUCCGUGGGCGCGGCGGUCCCUGCGCAGUCGCCCGCCAGGCCCGCCAAGGCGAUCCCCACGCAGUCCCCGCGCAGUCGCUCGUCUGCGGCCAGCGCAGCUGCAGGCCGCGCGGCUGCAGAAACAGCAGAGGGACGACCCUCUCGCUCGCACGCGGUAGACUUGACGCUGGGGAAGCCACCGGGCCAGGUGCCGCCUCGAAAGGCGGAGUGCCGCAAGCUCGCGCGGGCCAAGGCCGCGGCGGUCUUCAUGCCCGAUCGGGCCAGGCGGGAGGCCAAGACGAGAGCCGUGGCGGAGGCGCAGGCGAAGCGGCUGGGUUCAUCUGGCCUUCCAGGCGAACGCCGGCAGGAAGGCAGAGCCCACCAGGCCACAACGCUGCAGCGUGCGGAUGGCUCGAAGCGCAGGAAGCACGCCGACACGAGGCGGAAUGACCCCGCGCACUCCCGCCUGCCAGGCACCUCCGCAGCCCCCCGCCAGCGGGGAACGGCAGCGGCCAUCGCGGACAUGGGCACUGGCGCUGGAGCUGCCUCAGACAUCGCGACUGAGCCUAGGCCGCCCGCCCGGGCCGCCGCAGAGCGCAGGGCACCCGAGGCCCGGGCGGCCCGCCCCGAGCGGGGAGCGGCCGCCGCGGGCCCGCCGCGCCGCUCCCGCUCCGCCCGGGGGCGGCAGCGGCGGGCUGCCCCGCCCGAGGGCUGGGCCAAGGUGUGGCAUGACGAGUACUGCACUUUCUACUACUGGAACGAGGCGACGCAGGAGUCCAGGUGGUCAACUCCGUGA